UGGGCUGCAGAAUCGCGGGCGACGGGGACGGAGUGACCCGUGGCUGGACAUGGCGGCCGGGUCUUUGCGGAGCCUGUGGGGCCCUGCCGGCCGGUCGGCGGCGCUGCUGGGGGGCAGGUGGCUCCAGCCCCGGGCCUGGCUGGGGCUCCUGGACGCCUGGGGCCUCCCUACUCCGCAGCCGGCCCGGGGCAGGGCGCGCGGGAACGAGUAUCAGCCGAGCAACAUCAAGCGCAAACACAAACACGGCUGGAUCCGGCGCCUUAGCACGCCGGCCGGUGUCCAGGUCAUUCUUCGCCGUAUGCUGAAGGGUCGCAAGUCGCUGAGCCAUUGAGGAGCGCGACACCGCUGGCGGGACCUCCAUUAGAGCAUUUCCCUCCCCUGGGACCUCGCCUGGGGCUUUUUUUUUUUUUUUUUUUUUUUUGCGGGGGGAAGGGACAACUCGGUCAUGAAUGCUCUCCAAAUUUGGGGGCUGGGCCAGGAAGAAGAUUUAGGGUGAGACUGGAAGAGGAGCUGCGUCAGACCUUGCCAAAUCCUUUUGCUUUUGGAUUAGGAAGAACUUUGAACAUACGCAGCAGUCCACAGAACAGUACAAUGACUAAAUGGUACGCAGCCCUGACCACCAGCAGCUCACGAUGCAUCCUAAUCCCUUCUGUGUUAAUUUCAUACAGAUCUCAGCAUCCUUUAAUUUGUUCUGUAAAUAAUUCAAAAUGUAUCCCUGUGGAGAUAAGGACUCAUAAUCCCAAAACUUACCACACUUAAAAAAUUAGCAGUAAUUCGUUAAUGUCAUUAAAUGUCUAUUGCUCAAA